AUGCCAGUAGAGCGCGCGCUCGCUGGGGUGGCGCUCGUGUGUCGUGUGGGAGUGUUCUGGAACGGGGCGAGACGACUGCACCUGCACGUGUUUGGACAAGUUCCAGAAGCCCGUCGUCUUCUUCAGCCCAUGGGCUGCAAAAGCUGGAAGGUUGAAAUGGGCUCAGCCCAUUUAUCUCUGCAGUUCAGGCCCGUAAACCCGUCCCCUCCUGAGUCUCUCCGUCUCCAACCAUCGCCCAUCGGCGACCCUCGCGACAAGAACGCACGGGCCUCUGCUGCCGGAACUCCGCCGCCUACCACCGCUGCCGGAGAUUCCCUCGUCCGGCGCCAAGCAAUGGAGACGUGUAACAAGAACACUCGGUUUCCACCCUUGAGAGAUGCUCCGUUUGCUCUCCGUGGUGCUCUUGGUGGCUCGAGCUCAAAUCUUGAGCAAGCCAGAGGCUACACAUCUUUGCCUCUAGCAGCCCUGCGACCAAAUGUGUCUGCACCUGGUAGCCGAACCCUGCAUACAAGCCGCCCCAUGGCAGCUCCUGUUGCAAACCGCCCAUUGUCGCCCCACCUCCCACUGAAGAAGCCACAGUUCAGUGCUACGUUCUCAAUCUCGCACCGUAUUUUCGGUGUUGCUUUGGGAGUUGCCAUCAUAUCCGUCCCUCUUGCCACCAAGUUCAGCCUGAUGUUUGGUGUUUGAGAGUGAACUGCGGCAUCGACAAUUCCGAUUUCUGCAACUGUUUCAUCAUCUGGUUUAUGUUUAAACUGACUUUGGGUGCGGUUGGAAUAACAUCUUCGUUAUGCAAAUUUGGGUAUAAUAAGUAAGACCAUCAAAAGAUCAGUGUAACGAUCUCAUUCUGAAUGUAUAUGGUGUUAUGUGGCCUGCAAAUUUGGCCAGAACAUUGAUUUUUUAUGCACAUCUUACAAGUCGCAAGUGCUCUCA